UUCAGAUAUGCGAGACUAAACCUCAACAUUGACGACUUGGCUUCGUCUGUGGGAAACUGAACGAAAAGUUUCAAACCAACCAUUUACCCAAACACCAACCUACUAUCAAGAUGGUCAGAAUCACCUCUCAUCAUACCAGUGGAAGUUCGGAGCGACGCGGGGACAACAGGACUUCGGGGAGCUGGACCUCCCAAGGAUAAUUCAGCCAGGGAUCUUACCAACACUUUGAUGGGGACUUUUUCAUCCCCGAAGCACAGAGGAGGAACCCCCAUGCCAUGCGAGAUUUAGCCCAAGUAAUGCAGCAGAUGAUGGACGAGCAGGACGGGGGGCAGUCCAGCUACACAGGGGAAACCGGGUACACAACCCCGUCUCUCCUCCGACGGAUGCAACCAUUUGAUGAGGAGACCACUGAUACAGAAACAACUAGGGCUUCAUCUCAUUCACGAGCCCAUCGAGGACUCACACGGCUAGGGACAUGCAGCACACUCCUAGUGACCGCACCCUGACCGAGUCCCGUGUCAGAGGAACUACGCCAAUUGGGCACCAUUUCUAGUAUGAAGAACGUGAUGACACCAAAUUCAUACGGAGAUGUCAGAAUGAGAGAACACCCCCACCGUAAGGGAAUCAAGAUUUUGUUGAUCUAAGAACUCCACCAUCACCUCCCCUAACGGCCCAGGAGGAGGAAAUGGCCGAAAUGAGGAGGCAGAUGACUGGAAUGAGAGAGCAGAUGAACAUGGCACCCCUACAACCCACCCCGGUACGGGCCGGGAUCACUUCCCCCUUCACCCGGGAAAUAAUGAAUGCUGAAAUCCAGAGGGAUGCCAAACCACCAACCAGUCAGACAUAUGAUGGGGCGGGAGAUCCCCAUGUGCAUUUAAGAAGUUACCAAGGAGGGCUCAUGCUGUUGGGGGCAACAUAGGCAGCCAUUUGCCGAUUAUUCUUCAGCACGCUCAGGGGGCCUGCCCAAGAGUGGUUCAGAACCCCGCAGCCUGGAUCGAUCGGCAGCUUCGCCGAGUUGUCAUCCUUGUUCCUGGCACAGUUCGCUUCCAGUACAACCCCGAAGCAGCACUUCAGUUACGUGACCAGUGUUAAGCAGGGACCGAAAUAAUCCAUCAACAAAUUUCUGAAAAGAUGGAGGGACGAGACCCUAAAGGUUGGAAGCAUGAUGGAGGACACAACAAUCACCCUUUUCACUAAUGCCCUUCGGACCGCGGAACUUUACAAAGAGCUGAAGAAGAAUCCAGGCACGGCGUAUGCCGAAGUGCUGGAUAGGACCCGGAAGCAUGCGGCACCGGAGGAAGAGAUCAUGAUCAUAAGGUGGCUACACCUUCUGCACCGACGAGAUUGACCGAUCGGCUGGGUCCUAUCCCAGCGGCCGCACCCCCUCCAAAGACAAAACGGUUCACCCCGCUCGUCCUUUCCAUUGCAACGAUUUUUCAGAAUGAGAAGGACAACAUUCCCCCUCCAGCGGAUUCCAAGUCUUUUAUGGGAUCAGAUGAAAACGCCUUCUGUAAGUACCACAAACAGAAGGGUCACCCCACCCAUUUCUGCCGGGCAUUGCAUAUUGUUAUUGAAGAGCUGAUCAGCGGGGUCACCUGGACAAAUAUGUGAAUAAAGACUCGAACGUUGUAGGCCCCCCGAGGCAGUUCAAGAAAUUCAACAGUUGGAGACAGGGUGAUCAGCGAGACGCGGAGCUGGAGAAUGAUGCAUACAUUCCACGAAGGGAAGAAGGGGAAGGAUCAAGGAACCCCGGGAAAAGCCAAGAAUGGAAGUGAAAGUCAUUUUUGGGGCAGCUGAGACAGGAGAUACGAAGGUCGAACAGAAGCGUUUCGAGCAAAGUCUGUUGGUGGCAUCUGUUACCCCCCACACAAGAAGGGCAGGAUUGAACCCAUCACGUUCGGUCCUGCCGACCUGCCAGCAUCUCCAAGUCCGCACAAGGACGCAGUGGUGGUGAGUAUGUGUAUUGAUGAUGCUCUCGUUCGCCGGGCGUUGGUGGACAUGGGGAGCAGUGUGAACGUUCUGUAUUUGCAUAUGUUCGAGACCAUAAAGCUGAGGAAGGAUCAGUUGAAACCACUGAAAACACCGCUGACAGGAUUUACGGGAAACUGCAUUGAUGUAGAGGGGACCAUCUCCCUUCUGGUUGAGAUUGGGGAUGAAGCACAUCGAGCUGCUGUCCGUAUGACGUUCGUAGUUGUAAACAUUGAUUGUGCCCACAACGCCAUAUUAGGCCGACCGGGCUUCGACGAUUUGGAGGCAAUUGCUUCCGUUCGGCAUUCCUGUAUAAAGUUCCCGACCGACAUCAGUGUGGGAGUAGCCCGGACGGAUCCAACCACAACCCGAACUUGCUAUCGGGAGGCGAUGAAAACGACGAAUACUCGGGGCAUGCAGAUCAACAAUAUUGAGGUGGAGGCUCAGGCCUCGUAAUUUGUGGCACGCUCUGAGCCGACCACAUUGUUAGAACAAAUCGAGCUCGACUCACCCUCUGGGCUCCGACCGAAGGGUCGCGAUCGAGAUGGAUCUGGAACCAGAGAUCAGAGAAGGAGUGAUUGCCGCACUGAAGGAAUUCCAGAUCUUGUUUGCACGAGGGCCAGAAGAUAUGCUGGGCAUCGACCCGGAAAUUAUUUACCACAAGUGUGCCGUUCGGCCGGAGGUUAAAUCGAUACAGUAGAGGAAAAGGUACCAGUCAGCCGAACGACGUGAGUUCACAAAGGCAGAGGUGGCCACACUUCUGAAGAUCAAGCAUAUUAAGCCAGUCAUACAUGUGGAAUGGUUAUCCAACGUGGUUCUGGCUCCGAAGAGGACAACCUGGAGGAUGUGUGUGGACUAUUCCAAUCUGAAUAAAGCAUGCCCAAUGGAUCCCUAUCCGGUACCCAUAAUUAAUUUAUUGGUGGACGAAACUGUCGGGUGCGAAUUGCUGAGCUUCAUGGAUGCCUUUCGGGGGGUAUCACCAGAUCUCAUGCACUCAGAUGAUGCGGAGAAAACAACGUUAUAUAUGUGUGAAGAAUUAAGGUAAUAACCUUAUAAUAACUUUUCUCCUACUUUUUAUGUUUCAUAUAACAUAUAUAUCAUAUGGAGGAACCCUAGAAUUGUUCUACAUGUUUAGAAGUGUAGAACAAGGGGUUCGAAGGUAGUUCUAAGUCAAAGAACGGACUUAGAAGUCAAAAUGACCGAAGCUGGAAUGCCUGAGGCCUCUGGAACGCCUUCCCCCCGAGGCAGUCUUGGACCCCUCGGCGGUCUUGCGCCCCUCCGAGUCUCUCGAGGGCGGAGGUCUGAAGCUGUUCUUUGUUCACGUUAUGGCGGUCCCGGGACUGGACUUCCCGGGAGGCCGUAUCUUGGGCCACGACCCCCUCGGAGUUCCCAAUCCGGAGGACCGGGUUCCCGAGGGGGUGUGGAUGAGGGGGAGGCAUAAUAUUCUCCCCGACCUGAGGUUGGAGGGGAACCAAAGUGCCGAAGGCACCCGGGUUCUGGGUGAGCGUCUGGAUGAAGGCGGAGAGCGCCGAUUGCACGUCGAUGGUGAUGACCGGAGGGCUAAUUUGAUUCUCACUCUGGUCCUUCUUCUUGGCCUCGAUGCCGAGGCGGGCAUCAGGGGCAUUCUGUUGGAUUUGCUGGCGUAGGUCGACAGCCGUCUGGUCCAACCCGGCGAUGACGCCGCCCCCGGGAGCCCUGUUAGAGGCUUCGGGGACGUCGACUUCGCCGAGGGCCAGGUUCCUGUCUUCAACAUUUCUGGAGUUGGCACGAGUUGUUCUCACCAUUUUAGCUAGGUGUUUUGUGUUUGGUCGAGGGGGAGGGUUUCUUACUUGAUUGUUCGACCUCUCAACGAGAGCACCAAAUGAUGGAUAGUGUACCCGGGGGGUAGCUUAUCCGAGGGGUUAUUACGGGGAAUAACUAGAGAGAAGUCAGAGCAAGUGAGUAUAGAGAGAGAAAGUAUAUUAGAAAGUAUUCAGUGUUUUUUGCGUCUUGUGUCUUGGUUACAAAUGGUGAAACGGGGUGCUAUUUAUAGCAGCAAUAAAUGUCGGACAGGGACACGUGUCAAGCAUCCAUUGGUCGAGUGGUCACCUCAACUGGUUGGCGCUGGCAAACGCAUGUGGUCGCAUUUAAUGCGGCUGUUGGAUGUGACGUCGUACUUGGUACGGUGAUCUAUACGCAUGUGUAGCGGAUAUUAUGUCGGAAAAGGUGCCCUCGGUUGUAGAUGCUUAGCCGAGGGCACUGAGCACCGGAGACCUUCUUAGUGUCGAGUGCUCUAGGUGCCGAGGGCUACUGGUUUUCGCCGUUUUCUCCCAGUAACUUUGUUUUCCUGAUUUGGCCAUCCUGUGAGAAUUGGAGCCUUCGGCCAGGGGGCCGAAGGCACCCCUGGUGCGCACUGUGGGUCGCUUGGUACUCUGGGCGCUGUGAUUUGGGCCUGUUGUGCUUCCUGGGCCUGUUGGGCCUUUAUUGGCGUAGUAGGAGUCUGUGGACCGGGGGUUCCCGGGCCAUAUACUCCAUCACAUGAUGAUUACGGAGAAACUAAAACGACAGCCACAAUGGGCCACCAAAUCCAUGGCAUCGGGAACCAGCGAGAUUCGAUUCCCGAUCGCCAAGCGGCGCAAAAGCUCUACUUCCUUAUGCACUCACUAUCGUUUGAGACAUCGAAAGUGGGGGACUCGUGUUGGGAUAUUGGGCCGAAGGCCCAACAUCCGGACCAAAGAUCAUUAAGGAUCUUAGAAGGAAAACGGGCCCAAGAAGACUCUACCCCGAACGGGAAACAAGGGGUCCACGAAAGGUCACCCCAAUAUCCCGAACGGGGAACAAAUCACAUGGUAUACUUGGGACAGAUUGGCAACACAACAAACAUGACCGCCAUUCCGCUGCCUGAACGGUCAAUCUACAAGUGGCCAGGUGCAUUUAAUGCUACAGUAUGACGUCAGCAAGUGGGAGCGUGGGCAUCCAAGUGACAGAAAACAGCAGUCAGUCGGGUUCAGCCACGUCAUCACCCAUCUACCCUUUUAUAGUAUAAAUAGGGACAUUGAUUACAUUGUAACGGGUUAGCAUUUUGAUACUCAAGGCCUAGAAUGACUUUCUCACUCUUGUUCUUGUAUUAGUCACUGUUCCGAUUUGCCGUUCAGGAAGUUUCCAUGUAAAUAACGAAUUACUUAAUACAAGGGGCUUUCGAGUACAAUAUCUUUCAGUUUUUUUAUUUUCUUUUACCCUCGAUCUAUUUUCCACGUCCUUAAUAUCCAAAGCGUGUGUUGGGCUUUCGGAUAUGUGGUAAACCUCAACACCCCUUGUAGUACUCCCAUCAAUUAAAAUGACUUAAAAUGAUUUUAGAAGUAGUGUAUUAUAGUAAAGAUUGAUAAUGUUUGAGAAAAAACUGCUUUUGAAAUAAAAGUUGGUAGUGUUUGAUAAAAAAUGUGUUAUUGUGUAUAAAAGGAUGGACUCGGGCAGGGUAAAUCGGCCCAUAACCGGCCCGGGUAAACCGGCCCGACCCGG